AUGGCGGGACAACAGUUUUCCGGGUUUCUCGCGUUCUUGGCCAUUGCCAACCUUCCCUUAACCGCCGGAUACUCCCGGGGUUUCGGGGGCUACGGUGAUUCUUCCGGACGUGUCGGCCCGUGGGACGCCAACUCCACAAACUUUCUCGAGGCCGUCGCGGCCUCCAACGCCACAGGCGUCUACAAGAUCCCCGGCUAUGACGUCUCGAAACCGUAUCCGGGCGAGCCCAUGGACGGCUGGCGUCUCCGCCUCGCCCUCCUCGACAUGUCGCAGGCAGCCUACUCCCCCUCGCUCAACAACAGGGACCCCUUCGUCGGGUACAGCCUGACGAUCGAGGCGCCGCCGGCGCUGCUCAAGACCGACGCGGACGACGGCACCAAGGUGGUCGACACCGACCCCAGCUGGGGCAUGUGCAUGUGGCACUUCGGCCACCCCAACCAGCUCCGGAAGGAGCGCUACAACAACCUGGACAACAAGCCGCUCGCCGCGGACGGCUCGUGCCGGGGGUUCCUCUCGGACGCGUGCAUCGCCGCGCUCGAAAAGGCCACCGAGGACGAGUACGAGAUCGCGUCCUCGGCCAACGCGACCCGCGGCGGCCACGGCUCCCUCGCCACCUGCAGCCGGAUGGGCACGCCGGACGAGUGCGGCGGGGGGUACGGCCCCGGCGGCGCGUCCCCGGUGUCGGUGCCGGCGGACGCGGGCGUGCCGGUCCGCUUCCUGAACGGCUCCGUCACCACGUCGGACGGCUGGGAGUUCGAGCACACGGUUCACUACAACUCGACCGAGGACCUGCGGGAGUACUGGGACUCCAGCGUGCUCAACUACUGGGUGAUUGUCACCGCCAUGGUCAACGCGACGAUGGAUCCGGACAGGUCGGACAGGUCCGGCCCCGGCUUGAGCAGGGUGCACUGCGUGGCGCCGAACGGGGAGGGGACGGGAGUUACUCUCUUUCAGCACUACGGCUCAUGCCUGCCACGCCCGCAGCUCCUCUUCCUAGGCUUCCGCGCGCCCACCCUCUCCAAAUGGCUCCGCCCGGAGUAG